AUGAAGAGAUCUUCUCAAUUUAAUGGUUACCAACUUUUGUUGGUGAUUCUUGUUUAUAUGAUAGGCCUAUGUCAAGGUCUUCAGAUAUCCAAUGGACACGUUCGAUUGGACAAAGUGAACUACGAAUUUCAAUCGGAGCCCAUUGCAUUAGAUGUGGUUAACAGAAAUUUGGAUAUAUCUUUUAGAUUACUCCAAGAUAAUGGCGAAUCCAUUGAGAGACCCGGUCCCAGACAGAUCUCUGUUAUACUUUCCUCGGACGCUUUGAAAGCGCAGUCGUACUUGUAUCCAAGUUACAAGGUCGAAGCGGAUGUCUACGAGUUGAAGGUUAAAGUUAAGGAUAUAUCCGAUUAUCUCAAGAAGCAGGAUAGUAUAUUGGUGAAGAUUCUUGUGGGGGAUUCGAACUCUGAAAACAACGUUUUGGAGACGGUGGUUGAGUUACAGCCUAGUCAGAAGCUCAGAGAUGAUCUUAAAAUGGAGUUACCGAAAAGAUUCGUGGUGAAGGAGGAGAUCCAUCAUAUCUUUCAUGGCGAUUCAAAACAUGCCCCAAAAUUUGUGUCGCAGAUUUUUGUAAUUGACGUCGUUGUCGUGUUUGGAGGCCUUAUCUAUUUCUGGACGUAUUUCGAUGCCAUCAACGUCGGCAACAUUUCCAAAGUGACUCUUAUGUCGUUUCCAUUCCUUGGAUCUCUCCUUGGAUUUGAAGCUGUGUUCUACAGCUACUACUUAGGCACGUCAAUCUUUACCACUCUUUUAAGAACGGUGGUUGUUGGUAUUCUAGCCAUCUACUUUGGUUCUAGAGUGCUUGGCUCUUUGUAUAGGCUUAGGGUUAAAUAA